AUGACAAUGAUUAAUCCAUUAUCAUAUCCAGUACCAUCUCAAUACUCAUAUACAUAUAAUAAUAAUAAUAAUAAUUCAAAUAAUAGUUCAAAUAAUAAUUCAAAUAAUAAUUCAAAUAACAAUAAUAAUAAUAAUAAUAAUUGUGGAGUACCAAAUGUUUCAUAUGGAUCAAAUUUAAAUCAACAAAGUAUGGCACAAGAUUUAAGAGUUCCCGAACAAUACAGUAUAAGUUCACCAUCACCAAAAAAGAGACCAUUCAACUCAACCAUGACAACAUCACCACCAACACCAACCCUUCUUUCAAAUUCACCAUAUAUUCAUGGUUCUCAUAUAGUACCACAAUAUUCACCACAACUUCAAAAUGUAUAUAACACACCACACCAAUCCAGUCAUUCAAUUCAUCAACCACCACAACAAACUCCAAAUAUAUUUAAUAAUAAUAAUAAUAAUAAUAAUAAUAAUGAAAAAUCAAAUAAUCAAAAUUUUGGAAAUACAUUAUUUAAUUCAAUAACAAAUAAUUCAUCAAACUCAUCAAACUCAUUAAUACAACAAAAUAAUUUAACAAAUAAUGGAUCAUCUUCAUCAUCUUCUUCUUCUUCAUCUACAAAUUUUAAUCAAAAUAAUAAUUUUAUAAACAGUAGUAACGAUUCGAUUUAUAAUUCAAAUAUAUGUUCAUUCUAUGGUAAUACAAGUAGUAGUAGUAGUAGUAGUUUAAAUGGUAUUGAAUCACCGCCAUCAGUUGAAUUAAUGGACGAUGAUAUUGAAGAUCAAUUAAGAGAAUAUAUUUCACCAGUAAUUUGGGGAAUGAUGGAUAACUAUGCAAGAGAACAAUUUUAUAAUGCAAUAGUUGAAUUUAUAAAUGAAGAAAUUUCAUUUAGAAGUUUAUUAUUGGAAUUAAGAGUUAUUGCAGUGAUGGAUGUUAAUUAUAAAUCGAUUUUUCAAUUUUUAGUAGAUUUGUUUCUUUCAAUAGAACCAAAUCAAAAAAUGGUAAAUUAUCUAAGAGAUAAUGGUGUCGAAGAAAAUGAAUUUAAUAUUGAUUUAAAAUCAUUAGAAUUAUCUAGUGAUAACGAUUCAAAUCAAAAAAAGAAAAGAGAAAGAAUUAGAAAAAGUGUUAGUAGAGGAUUAAGAAAUCCACCAAAUAAAUGGGCUAAAGAAGAGAGUCAAAAAUUGAUUCAAUUAGUUCAUGAACAUGGCGAUAAACAAUGGAAAAAGAUUGCACAUCAAAUUGGUGGAGGUAAAACUGGUGCACAAUGUGCUCAACAUUGGAAACGUGUUUUAUGUCCAGCCAUUAGAAAAGGUUCUUGGGAUGAAGAUGAAGAAUCAAAAUUAUUUAAUUUAGUUGAAAAACAUGGUCAAAGUUGGAAAAAUGUUGCAAGUGAAAUUAGAACACGUACUGAUAUUCAAUGUCGUUAUCAAUACUUUAAAUCUUGUAUGUCCAGAGAAGUUCAAUGGUCAUCAAGAGAGGAUGAAAUCUUACAAAAAAAAGUAUCUGAAAAUAAUCAACAAGAUGGAACUAUCAAUAUAAAUAAUACACGUGAUAUUAGUUGGAUGGAUGUUUCAAAAGCAAUGGCACGUGGUCGUCAAACUAAAAUUCCGCGUACUGCUUUGGAAUGUAAAACUCGUUACUUCCAAUUAAACUUUGGUGGUGCUCCAAUUCAAAUUGUUGUACCCCAUAAUGAUGAUCAUUUAAAUAAUCCUCAUUCACCCUUAAAUUCUUUAUUACAAGAUCAAAAUUGUUAUUAA